CGGACUCGCCGAGCAUCUUGCAGCAGAGCCCCUCGCACCAGCACAAGAAGUGCCGGUGCCGCCCCUUGGAGGCCCCUCUGUCGGCGCUCGGCCACAGGGCAAGGCUUAGGCCCAACUUCCAUAUUCCAUUGGUCGACAUGCCUGCCCUUAUGAGGUCAUUUCCACGGCUGCCUCGUUCCCCCCUCCUUUUUGCACAGGUCACAGGUCACAAGGGAUGCUACAUGCACUUCUGCCAGUGCUGCAUGCUGCGUACAUGAUUAUCCCUAGUAUUCAAUACGGUCUGGCUCUCAACUCGACCCGGAGGGGUUUCAAAGAAUGCAGCUCUUGGUCCCGAGAGCUGGCAUCAGCCACGAAUUCCCACCGCCUAACGCAAGACGUUACUUCUGUCACCCUUAAUGUAGCUCGGGUGUGGCAUCGGGCUGUUGCAGGGAACACCCAUCCUCGAAGGCCACUUGUAAGCACACCAGCACAGUAUUCGGGGCGCACGCACCGGAAGCCUGACCACAUCUUUUGUGUCUUUUGGAGCCCAGCCAAUCGAUCUGGCAAGGACUAAAUGGAAAAUUGGACGACCAGAAAACAAGGGUAUACGCACAUUAUUUUCGGUCUAGCCUGGGGGAUAACGGUAUGUUCAAGUGACCUGUUCUUAUCUUCAUUUUCAUUCCGAGUAAUGU